AUGCUGCGCACCGGGCCCUCUAGCUUUGCUGUCGUGGCGGCCAUCGCCCUCCUGACAUUGCAGCUUGGUACCCCAGUCUCCGCUCAGUGUAACGGUGGCGUCAAGUUUGGUGACAGCGAAUAUUACUACUCCCGGACCUUUUUCAGCGCGACCAGCACAUACACGUACGCACAGGCACGCACGCUCUGCCAGGGAAUCGGCAGCGGUGCGGAUUUGGCUAUUGUGGACAGCAAGGCCGAGAAUGACUUCCUGUGGAACCUAGAGCCUGUUCAGGAGAGCAUGCGCUGGAUUGGUCAUGUGCGCAAUCUGUCGACAAACACCUUUCAGAGCAUCGAUGGCGUUUCCAUCACCGGUCUGCUGGGCGAUUACGCCGGCUGCACACCUGGCGUAAAUUGCUUGUGGAAGAAGGGUGAGCCCAACUCAGCUGGUAGCAACGAAAACUGUGUACAGAUUGGUCACCCAGCUUCGACAACACCUGCUGCCUGGAAUGAUGCUCCUUGCUCUAACCUCCGUUUUUUUGUCUGUGAGCAAAAACUCGACGAUUCAUGUGGCGGAAGCAGCAGUACCAACGCCCCUACCACCACAGUCCCCACAACGACUCCCAAUCCUUGCGAGGAGCUCAAUAUCUACAACGGCAGCAUCUACUACACAUCGGUUGCCGACUUUACGACUGGCCCCCUCAAUUGGGCCUCCGCCUCGGCUGCCUGCCAGACCAUUUCUCCAACCACCCAUCUUGCUCAGGUCACAAACAUGGCUGAGAACAACUAUGUCUAUUCUCUCCUUCCAGAUACCAGGCUUUGGCUUGGUGCGAGCCGAAACGUGACUGGUGGCACUUUCUACUGGACGGAUGGUACCACCCUUUCUUUCACCGCCUGGAACGCCAACGAGCCCAAUAACGGUGCACUCCAAGACUGCUUGCAAAUGGGCCAUCCUAAGCCAAGUUUCCCUGGCAGCUGGAAUGAUGCUCGUUGCAGCUUCGCCCGCGAGUAUGUCUGCGAACGCAGCAUUGAGGAAGUCUGCCCAUCGACCACAACCACCACAACCGGUCCAUCGACUACCACCAUCCCAGCCACCACCACGAUCCCUCCCAGCACCACGGAGGAUAUCUGCCCGGGUUAUAACUGGCUCAACAACUCGGUGUACUACUCAUCGAUCGAGAGCUUUGGUAGCUUGAUCGCUUCGCAUGCUCAAGCCGAUGCCUACUGCCAGACGAUCUCUCCGAACACCCGGCUUGUCCGCAUCGCUGAUGAAACCGAGAAUAUGUUUGUAUACAACUUGAUGCCUGGUGUUCUGACCUGGCUGGGUGGCGAGCGUAACACCACUGGCGGUCCUUUUUACUGGAAUGACGGUACUCUUGUAACAUACACGCCUUGGAAUGCCAACGAGCCCAACAAUGGAGCCACCGAGCAGUGCUUGCAAAUGGGCCAUCCCAACCCCAGCUUUGAAGGCAGCUGGAAUGAUGCUGUGUGCAGCAAUGAUCGUGCAUUUGUUUGCGAGCAACCCAUUGAGGAAGUUUGCUCCUUCUCCACCUCCUCCACCUCCUCUACUUCGUCAACUUCUACCACCUCGUCCACCUCGUCCACCUCGUCGACGACCUCCACCUCGUCCACCUCGUCGACGACCUCCACCUCGUCCACCUCGUCGACUUCGUCCACGUCGUCGACGUCGUCCACGUCGUCCACAUCGUCCACGUCGUCCACCUCGUCGACCACUUCCACGUCGUCCACCUCGUCGACCACUUCCACGUCGUCCACCUCGUCGACCACUUCCACGUCGUCCACCUCGUCGACCACUUCCACCUCAUCGACGUCGUCGACUUCGUCUACCUCGUCUACCUCAUCGACAACCUCCACGUCGUCCACCACUUCCACCUCAUCGACGUCGUCAACUUCAUCGACGUCGUCGACUUCGUCUACCUCGUCCACCUCAUCGACAACCUCCACGUCGUCCACCACCUCAACCUCAUCGACAUCGUCAACUUCAUCGACGUCGUCGACUUCGUCCACCUCAUCAACCUCAUCGACCUCGUCCACCACUUCCACCUCAUCGACCUCGUCCACCACUUCCACCUCAUCGACCUCGUCCACCACCUCAACCUCAUCCACGUCGUCAACUUCAUCAACCUCAUCGACCUCGUCCACCACUUCCACCUCAUCGACCUCAUCAACUUCAUCGACCUCAUCCACGUCGUCCACUUCAUCAACCUCAUCGACCUCGUCCACCACCUCAACCUCAUCGACGUCGUCCACUACUUCCACCUCAUCGACGUCGUCAACUUCGUCAACCUCAUCGACCACCUCUACUUCUUCAACCUCAUCGACCAGUUCCACCUCGUCCACGUCGUCCACCUCAUCCACCUCAUCCACGUCUUCAACUUCGUCAACCUCAUCGACCUCGUCCACCUCCUCUACCUCCACAACAUCCUCGACAUCCUCAACAUCAUCGACUUCUUCCACGUCUUCGACCAGCACCGCUCUCCUGGAAGUGUGCCAGUACUUGAAUGAUAGCAGCUUUGAGUAUGAUUACGUUUCAUCUGAUGGUGACUUUACCUGCCCCACAUUCUGGACGGUGGACUCAAACAUCAAGAUUGGCACGACGGAAACUCCUAGUGACUACUUCUCCACCACAAACGUCAAUGGCUCACAGUUUGUGUAUACUCUUGAGAGCAACACCACGGGUGAGGGCAUCUGGCAAGAUUCUCCUUUGUCGUAUGAAGCCUACACUCUUUACCAAGUUUCCGCUAUCGUUGGCGUUGGCACCUUUGACAAGCAGCCCAGCUUGGUAUCCAUCGAGCUUCGCACCGGUGACAACACAGUUGUGGCUUCCAAGACGAUUCCCUACUCAGCUUUCACCACCAGCAACGAAGUCAUGAGCGUCAGUCUGGAGUUCCCCUGCCGUCCCGAUAACUGCCUCAUUGGUGAGGAUGUGCGUGUUGGUAUUCGCUUUGGUGGGUCGGGCUUCAGCCCCGCUGUUGGUUUCAUCUGUCUGAGCACUGACAGCUUCGUAACCACGACCACCGCACCCCCAAGCACGACUUCGGCGGCCACAACGACCGCUGGUGACGAGUGCGUCGCUGUCGGCGACCACAGCUUUGAGGAUGUUUAUGUGGAGAGUGGCGAGGUCCUUCUGUCGUCUUCAUCUUGGACACAGGAUAGCCAGUCAUCCUUCCGCGUCGUCCUGGCACCUGGUGCCGUGGGUCCCGCUUCGACUCCCUAUGGCGACCAGUACGCGUAUGCCUUCCGCUCUGCCAGCUCGACUGCAGGCAUCUGGCAGGAUCUGGACAUCAUCUACCGCCCCGAUGAAACCAUCACCUUCUACGUGUCCAUCGCUGGCUCUGACAACGUGACGUACAACAGCAACCCGACCCUGGAGUUCCGCGAUCAAGACGACAAUGUGUUGGCUUCCAACGCGCUGACCGACAUUUUGACGACUACCUUCACCGAGUACUCAUUGGAGUUUACGGUUCCUUCCAACGCGGCCUACUUGCUGCAGCGUGUUCGCAUUGGUGUGACACUGACUGGCUUUUUCACCACAACCACAACUAGCACGACCAGCACCACCACGACCAGCACCACCACUCUUACUGGGUACUGCUCACCGAUCAGCGUCAGUGACAAUGAUUUCGAGGCGACGACUGUAGUUGGUGGCGAGACUGAAUUUGUGCCCGGAGUUUGGAACUUCAAUAACAGCUUGCCAUUCUUUAUUGCGGAUGAGAGCUACUCCAACGCUCCCACUGGUACCCCCACCCAGUAUCUGGUUUUGUUCGAAUCAGUCAACGACGGCAAUGGUGUCCAGCAGGUGCUCGCCGAUCAGUAUGCCGCCAAUACUCUCUACAAGCUCGAGGCAGACUUGUACCGCACAUCAUGCGUGUCUUGCAGCAGCAUCGUUUCGCUCGAGUUCCGUGAUGCCAACAACGUCACUAUUGCAGUGCACUCUUGGUCGCGUGAGGGCAUCCCUGUCACCGGCGAGCACGUCACCCUGUACUUCAAGACGCCUGCCUCGGCCAGUUACAUUGGUACUGAUAUCACUAUUGCCAUCUCCUUCUUGGGUGCCGGUCUCUCACCGGGUGUGGACAAUGUUGCCGUCUGCGUCUAUGGUGAUGCCACCACGUCCAUUCCAACCACGACCAACGCGCUUGAUGACUCCAACUGCGCUCGCGUCGUUGAUCCCAGCUUUGAGGACUAUGAUGUGACCUAUGAGGCAGUUUACCCCUUGAUGACUGCUGGUUGGAACUUUUCCACCGAUUCUGCGUCGGUUCGCAUCCUUGAAGAGGGCUCAGAGCUGGGUCCCGAGACCACGCCGUUUGGCAGCCAGUACUUGUACGUGUUUGAUGUCCAAGACGCCGCGUACGGAGUCUGGCAAGACGAUUCCAUUACCUACGAUUCAACGAUGGAAUACACCCUCAGCGCUUAUGUUGGAGCUUCGCGCUUCCAGGAGUACAACUGCUCUGUGUCUCUUGACUUCCGCUUUGAUAACAACACCUUGGCUGCCUCAGCCGAGAUCCCCAGCGGCAGCAUCCCGGUCGACAGCUUUGAUCAGUUUUACCUUGACUUUAUCCCCCCCGCUAGCAUGAAUGGUGAGCCCGUGCGCUUCGGCUUUAGCUUCACCGGCCAAGGGGCCUGCUACGCCAUUGACAUGGUGUCUCUCUGCCUCAAUGCUGCACCAACAUCGACCCUCUCGAUUGGCUAAGCCAUGCACCUUACACCACUCUCUUGGUUUACUGCAAAAGCCCGCUACAAAAUCGCUACAAAAUCGAUCUCUUGGCUUUUCGAGGAUGAUCAAUAAUCUGCUUCGCGCCCAUUUGACCGUGGGUGUGGAGGGGAAGCGGUUGCUUGUACAUUGGGUAUCUGUGUCCGUGUUUCUAGUCGUGUCACUUGUGUCUGUCUAUCAACGUACCUGUUCAAAUGAUGUGCUUGAUCCCUAAAUCUCCUUCCGGUGAAUGGCAUUCCCAACAAAACAGCAAACAGUCAGAACGGAAGUGCCUGCCUCUGCUGCAGCAUUGUUUCCAAAUUGAUGACAUGAAGGCUUG